CAUACAGAAGCUACGUUGUGUAGUGCAGUGAGCCGAUCGUCGCAGCUAGCAGCUAAACCGUGUUGACCCCCCAGCAUGUACUCGAAUAAGUUGGGCCCCCUCAUGUUAGGGCUGUGCAGCCGGAAAGCCCCCGCUGCCUGUAUGAUGCGGAGCGGCGUCAGCUGGACGGCGAUGUGCAAACAGCGGUCACUACGGAGCGUCUGUGUGAAGACCCAGAGCCAAACCGUGCCCUGUCACACCAGUGUUCGUGCAGCCUCCCAAACCACAGUGGACCCAGAGGAGGUGAGGCGGUUCCAGUCAAUGGCCAGCAAGUGGUGGGAUGAAGAGGGGCAAUUUGCAGCUCUUCAUGCCAUGAACGACCUGAGGGUGCCUUUCAUAAGGGAUCACCUGCUGAAUGUGCACACCACGCGUCAUCCAGGGAAACCACUGGCAGGCCUCAGAAUACUGGACGUGGGCUGUGGAGGAGGCCUGCUCACAGAGCCGCUGGGCCGCCUGGGAGCCAGUGCGUUGGGCAUAGAUCCAGUGGCAGACAGCAUCGGCACGGCACGGCUGCAUUCGUCCUACGACCCCGACCUUCGUGGCCGGGUCUGCUACCGGGCCUGCACUCUGGAGGAGCUCUCAGCAGAGGAGGGGGAGGGGGAGGGGGAGGGGAAGAAGGGGCCGGCCCAGUUCGACGCCAUUGUGGCAUCCGAGGUGGUGGAACAUCUGGCCGACCUGGAAACGUUCGCCUUCUGCUGCGGCCUCAUGCUGAAGCCGGGCGGCUCUCUCUUCAUCACUACCAUCAAUAAAACCAACCUGUCGUACGCGUUGGGCAUCGUUGUAGCCGAGCAGCUGCUGCGCCUCGUUCCCAGCGGGACGCACGACUGGGAAAAGUUCAUCAGCCCGGAAGAGCUGGAGCGCCUCCUGGAGUCCUACGGUUUCUCGGUGCAGUCUGUCCGAGGAAUGCUGUACAACCCGGUGUCAGGAGCCUGGAGCUGGACUAACAGCGCAGCCAUCAACUACGCCCUCCACGCUGUCAAAGUGAGAGACGAUGCCCAGGCGGAACAGGCUGAGGAGAGCAGCUCCCACCCUGCAGCCGCACACACCUGAGCCUGACAGCCGCACAACAAGGCAGGAAACUGAAAACCAUCAGUUCAGACGUGUGAGGUCCGACCUUCCCUGUGGGAGGCUGAAAGCACUGAAGGAAAGGGACAAACAGCUUUGAGAUUAGAGCUGUACUGUAAUUGCUGUUUUGCACUUAGAAUAAGGCUGCAUGGUGUUACACGCUGUUCAAGAAGUGUUUAAUGAGCUGUGGAAAGCAACUGUACAUCCUCUCACGUGCAGUAUCAGAGUUAUAUAACUACAUUAUUUUCAGGAUACGCUGUACUGAAUAAUUGAAGCAUCAGGAUUGUGUGAUUUGCCAUAUCCCUCAUUAAAACAGCCCUUUCAUCAGCCGCAU